AUGGCAGCUCCCGUUGAACACGUUGAUCCAGCUCUCACUGAAGCAGAUCCUCCAGAAACGGACCAGACAGAAGCUCCAGAGACCAGCAAAGACGCAGAAACGGACCCAGAAGAGGAUGAGGAUGAAGAUGAGGAUGGAGGAGAGCCAGCCGGGCCUAAGAUCAGAGAGACACCACAGGACAUCCAGCUGGAGGCGUUCGCCAACACGGUGGCUGUGCACCCGACCAGGGACAUGGUGGUGUGCGGGGACGUGGACGGGGACGUGUACGCCUUCUCCUACUCCUGCACGGAGGGGGAGAACAAGGAGCUGUGGUCGUCCGGACACCACAUGAAGUCUUGCAGGCAGGUGCGUUUCUCUGCAGACGGGCUCCAGCUGUACACCGUCUCCAGGGACAAGGCCGUCCACCUGCUGGACGUGGAGCAGGGAAAGCUGGUCACCAGGAUCCGAGGGGCCCACGGAGCUCCCAUCAACAGCCUGCUGCUGGUGGACCAGAAUAUCCUGGCGACCGGAGACGAUGGAGGAACCCUGAAGGUGUGGGACAUGAGGAAAGGGACGUCCAUCAUGGAAGAGAAACAGCAUGAGGAUUACAUCAGUGACAUCGCUGUGGACCAGGCCAAGAGGAUCCUACUUACUUCCAGUGGAGACGGUACCAUGGGCGUCUUCAAUAUCAAGAGGCGGCGGUUUGAGUUUCUGUCGGAGGUCCAGGGUGGCGAUCUGACGUCAGUAGCGCUGAUGAAGCGGGGCAAGAAGGUGGUUUGCGGCUCCAGCGAGGGUACCAUCUACAUCUUCAACUGGAACGGCUUCGGAGCCACCAGUGACCGCUUCGCCAUCAAGGCCGAGUCGGUGGACUGUAUUGCCCCAAUCACCGACAACAUCAUGUGCACUGCCUCCAUGGACGGUUACAUUCGGGCCAUCAACCUCCUUCCUAACCGGGUCAUCGGCUGCAUCGGGCAGCACGUCGGCGAACCCAUCGAAGAGCUCGUCAAGUCCUGGGACUCCCGCUUCCUGGUCAGCUGUGGCCACGACCAGCUCAUCAAGUUCUGGGACAUUUCCACUUUACCCAACACAACUAUCAACGAAUACCGAAAGAGGAAGAAGAAAGACGGACGGAUGAAGUCUCUCACCAAGAAAGCCCACGGAGAGAACGACUUCUUCUCGGGACUUGUAGAGGAAACUGAGAAAAAGGAGGAAGAAGGAGAAGAAGAGGAAGAGGAGGAAGAGGACGACAGUGACAGUGGCAGCGAUUAAAAAGCAAUUUUAUAUUGCUUUAUGUUUGAGUGGAGUUGUCGCUGUGACUUUGGACAGUUUGAUCCUCAAUAAUGUAUGUCUGCUGUUUGAUGGAGGAUUUCAAACAAAGUGCCUCACAAUGUCCGGAGGGUGAACGUUGGCUUGGAUGACACUGAGCCUCUGAUCUCUUUACUGUUGGCGCCUCAUUCUAGAGACGUUGAACCAGAAAACAAAUGAGAAUAUGAGGUUAACGGCCAAAAUAUAUGGUGGAAUAAACAGUGAAUGUCCCAGAAGUGUACCAACUGUGCUUCUAAAAGAUUUAUGCAUACUGACGGAGAGUAUUUUGGGCUGGGCAUGAAAUGUUAAAGCUUUUUUUUUGUACUGAUCAAAUUUGUCCUACAGUAUCAUCAUUGUUAAAUACCGAAAACUGGCAAAGAAAACCUUGUUAGAUUCAUUAGCUUGUCUACUUAUUCUUUCAAAAGAUAGUUCCUAAUUUAAGUUUAAAAUUUGCCGAUAUUUGACUUUAUUUUGUUAAUGCUGCCUGUGUUCAGACAACACAUUUAAGAACUUCCUUAAACAGAAGACAUGUUUUCCAAAGUGAGUUAUCAUAUAAAAGUGUCAUUUUGGUGUCAGUAAAGAAACUUAUUGUAUCAUCUUUUGUAUCACAAGUUUUAAAACGAUACCCAACCCUGUGAAAUGUUAAGGGAGAAAGACUGGUUGAAUUAGCCUGUUAGCUAUAAUCAAUAAAUUCUUGAUACAUUUUUUGAAAAAUAUUUGUAAAUGAAUUUCACCGAUGUUAAACUGUU